AAAGUCAUUAAUAAUGACAUUUUCGAUAAACCCGGUUUUAGGUUAUGUGGUCUUUAUUCUAAAAUAAAUAAAAACCUUAAAAAUAUUAGCUCAGACGAAUGCAACUGAUAGUAAAAUAUAUAUACAACAGGUUGGUACGUCGUAUGGAAGUGUUGUUUAUCUAAAUUUCGCUUUGUUCGUGAGCUUAUAGGUGGUAUGUCAGAAACACCACCAGCUUCAGAAGUUCGGCAGCCGAAACUAAAGAAAACUCGUAAAGAAUAAACUGUGCAAUAUUUUCAUUUACUCAUUAACACAAACAAAAACAAUUAUCAACAAUGAAUAUCCGUUGCGCGCGUCCUAGCGAUCUUAUGAAUAUGCAGCACUGCAAUCUGCUUUGCUUACCAGAAAACUAUCAAAUGAAAUACUAUUUCUAUCAUGGACUUUCCUGGCCACAACUGAGUUAUGUUGCUGAAGAUGAGAAGGGUCAUAUAGUGGGAUAUGUGCUGGCUAAAAUGGAAGAAGAUGGUGAAGAUAAUAGACACGGACACAUUACAUCUUUAGCAGUGAAGAGGUCACACAGGCGUCUUGGUUUAGCACAAAAGUUAAUGAAUCAAGCAUCACUUGCUAUGGUUGAAUGCUUCCAGGCCAAAUAUGUAUCCUUGCAUGUGAGAAAGAGCAACAGAGCUGCACUCAAUUUGUAUACCAACUCUCUUGGGUUCAAAAUUUUGGAAAUUGAACCUAAAUACUAUGCAGAUGGCGAAGAUGCCUACUCCAUGAUGCGAGACCUUAGUACUUUUGCUGAAAAUAAGACUGAAAGCCAGCAAACCGAGAACUUGGAAAUUAAGUCAGAGUCAGCAAUUGUAUCUCAGUGUUGAUGAAAUUUAAAUAAAUCAUUUAAUUGCA